AUGUCGAAGAGGACAAAGAAACCACAAAUUCACCGGUUUUUCGGACCGUCAUCAGCAAGAUAAGCAUUAAUAGAUUAGUCUAUUACACGAGUACGCUUAAUUCUAGCAAGCAGACAGUGCUUAUUUCUCGAGAGUUGUUUCACGAAUCGAUUUAAAACUGAAAUAUCAUAAGUUUACAUUCUAAAUUUUCUUCCCUAGAUCGGAGACCAGCGAAGAUAAUGAGUCUUUUGACCAAUCAUCUAAUUCUUCUAGCAGUUUGAAUGAGAGCUCGAGUAGUGCAAAGAGGAUUCGUUGCUCUAGCGAUGCCGGUAAGAACAUUUUCCAUAACAAAAAAUACUACAAGCUAUCAAUUUGGCACUUGUCAACACUUUUUUUUAUUUUGUGUUUACAGAGACCGAAAAAGUGACCCAAACAGGUACAGGCAGUGAAGAUUUGCCAGUGACCGUCGCUCGACAAAAUGAGACAACUCUAUCUUCUUCAAAGCAAGGUAUUUCAUUUUUUAAAUACGUGAUAUAAAUCAGAAAGCUUAAGCUUAUAUAUUACAUAAAAAUGGAAAACGUCAUUGCCAUCAUCACAGCUCGGACACAAUUUUAGGUGCAAAGCAGUGCUACUUAACUUCACUUAUGCUUUUUAAAGCAGAAUUCUGUUCUCUACGUGACAAUCCAGACUAACCAUGAAAAUUUGUAAACAUGUGGGAUAAGUCGAGUCACGAUCAUUAUCAGUUUGAUGCCGCUUUGUUGGAGACCUCUAAUUAAAGUUAUUUCCGACACAUGUUUCUUUGCCGGCGGAAUGAAUAAAAUGAACAACGUAAACAAGGUCCAUUAUGUCUGAUUUGGGCAUUUUCCAAUAUUUUCUCAGGUGCUACCAUGAUGAGUCUUCCUCGCAAAGUCCUUUUGGACGCUCUCAUUGGAAGAACGCAUGACACACCUAAUGCACCAGUCUGCAGAUAUCUUUAUGAUGUCAUGCAUGAUUCUAGUCUUUGGAGAACUGUUUACUCAAACGCUGAAUUUAUUAUUCAUUCGUUUAAUUCGUUAUUUAGACACGAUACGGAUUUACGGCAUCUAGGCUUUAGACAUUCGCAAAGACCUCUAACGUUUAUUACUGACGCUUUUUUUAUUGAACAAAAAUUAAUGAAUUGUUGCAACUUAAUAUCUUUGGAUCUUGGAUACAAUACGUCGAUUUCUUCUUUACACUUUGUGAGACAUAUGCCUAGUUUAAGGGAACUUGAUAUAUUAAGUUGCCAAAAUAUUACAUUAGAACGUCUAGUAACUUCCCUUUACAAAAAAAAUAAUACACUAGAAAUAUUAAGAAUGCCUAAUUGUUGUCAAGUAGGCGGAAUUUCCUUAGUGUCUGUAGUAAAAUCCUUACCUGACAUUAAAAUUGUCGACGCUGGUGGAUCUGAAAUUAUUUCCGUAAAUCAAGCUCGAGAUAUUUUGCAGAAUUGCCAACUCUCCGAAUUUUCUUUUUCCCCUAACUGGGAUCACCCAAAUAUGUGGGAACGAUUUUUCACUGAUUUUAAACAUGUCAAGUUGGGUUAUUUAACUCUUUAAACUAGAAGUCCACAGAAAUAUUGUGCAAGUCAAACACCCUGGCUUUCCCUACGAGGAAAAAGAACAUUAGUUGUAUUGUAAAAAUUGUGCGAUUUCUGUUACCUGUCCUGUUCUAAACGUAUGUCAAAACGGUAUUAAAAUAAUUUUAAAAAGGUCGUACAAUGGCGAUUUGCUUUCAUUGCAGCGUCACAGACUGAUAAAGAUGGAGAUGAUCCUGCUUGUCAUGGUUCGGUUCAUGACGUUGAUGUUGGUGCUCUUUUCCGUCAGAAAACAGCUUUCAAGUCUCUAAAUCAAGCUGAGAAACUCAACAUCAUAAAUAACCAUUUUCGACCAGGGGAUAAUUAUGCUUUCCCUAAAGUUUUUAUGAAUGGUUGUAAUCGGUCUUUCCAAAGAUCCUGGUAG